CCGCGAGCUCUUGUCACAAAGAUUCCGUAGAGACGGAUCCGUGCUGGGAAUCGACGCCCGCAACUUCCCGCCGGGGCCAAGAUGCGGAAGGGGAAAGGCGCGAAGCGGGAGAGGGCGAAGAAGGGGGCCAAGGCUGAGUCGAAGGUGGCUAAGGAAUCUGAGGCUGAGCGGGCCAAGGCCAGUGCAGCGCUAUGGGAAGCCCGGCUAGAGGUGACCGAGAUCUCCCGCUCCGAGUAUCGCGAGGCUGCCCGUGUGCUGGCCAGGAACAACGAGGAGCUGACAUGGCAGCAGCACUGUCUGGAGAAGGACACAGUCGAGGUGAUCAGCUUUCUCAAGAAGCAGGAUGUGGAGAAAGAAGAGCAGAUUGCAAAACUGAAGCAACAGAUAGCAGAUUUGAAACAGCAGGCCCAAGAAGAGAAUGAGAAAGUGGCAGAACAUUAUUCUGCACAAUUGAAGGAUCUGGAGGAGAAAUUCAGCAAAAAAGCCAGAGAAAUUGGCUUAAUUCAGUUGGAACUGAAAACAAUAAAAGAAUUUCGCAAGAAGAAAGCACAUAUGGAGAAGGAACUGGAAGAUAUAAAAGAGAAUAUGAGAAUCUCAAACAGGGAACAUCAGGAGACUCUUGGAAGGCUGGAGAACAGGUUCAUUGAAGAAAAGCAACUACUAGAAAGAGAGGCUGAGAAGAAGAUAGUAAUGCUGGCAGAGAGAGCCCACCAUGAGGCCAUUGUGCAGUUAGACAGCACUGGGAGAGCAGUGUUUAAGGAGAAUGUUCGUCUUCAGGAGGCUCUUGCUUAUCACCUGAAGGAGACAGAGGAGCUAAAAAAAGUCAAGCAGCAGCUAGAAGAGGACAAAGCUUUUCUUCUGCAGGAGAAGGAAACCAAUGAGACUUUGGUUCAGGAAAAGGUCCGGCAAGUCACUCUGCAAAAAGCACAGAUCCAAGCACUGCAGCACAAGGUGGAGAGACUGGAGAUGGCACUAGGUCAUAUGACCCAAGAAUUUGAAACAGAAAUUCAGAAGACACGGCAUCACGCUUUAGUUCAAAACCAGGCAGGCAUGGUAGAGAUCAACAAGCUGCAGCAGCUGCUGGAGAUGAAGGAUCGGGAGAUGAAUCGAGUGAAGAAACUGGCCAAGAACAUUCUGGAUGAGAGGAGUGAGGUAGAGAGUUUCUUCUUAGAAGCUCUGGACCAGGUGAAGCGUGAGAUCGUGUCCAGCAGGAAGUGCUACAAGCAGGUGGCCCAAGUUGCCUAUCAGAAGAAAAUGAUGGAGGCAUUUGCAGGGAAGGAAGAGUACCCCAAAAUCAGAACGUUUAACAGCAAUGCUCACAGCACAAAUAGUGUGUACAGGGACCUGCAGGAGGCAGAGAAAUGGACAAAUAUCCAGCAAGGGAAGGUGGAUAUUGGCCAGUUGACCUGGGAGCAGAAGGAAUGUGUUCUGAGGUUACUCUUUGCAAGAAUGAAUGGCCGGGAGCGACGGAAAGGCAAACAUGUUUUGGUCCCUUCAGCUCCAGCUGCUGUUACUCCUCGUUCUGAAGAAAGAAACAAAACUAGCACUGAAAACAUUGCUCCCAGCCUGACCUUCAUCACGCAGCAGGUCCCAGUAUCAGAGCCCUCUUCUCAUGGAGCAAUCCUUCCAGAUAUUGAGAUGGUAACGUCACAAACAGCAGAGUAAGGUGGCUGUAGACUCUGACUGAACAAGACGUAAGGUAAUGAUGGUUACUGCCUCACCUGCACCUUUUCUUCUGGGACACUUGUGUAAGUGGAAUGAUGCCACAGCUGUGAAAUCAUUAAUGUCCCCAUUUUAUCAUGGUGUUGGUUUGGCUUUCAUUUGAAACCAGCCUGAAAGGGGACUGUAUAUUAAUUUUAUAAACAUGUGUUUAAGAUUUUUUCCUCAAAAAUUAAAAAAAUAUUUUUUCUUCCUCUGGCUCAAGUUCUGUAGGUGGGUAAGGUUUCCCCAGCUGCCCAAUGGAAUCUGGGCUGGAGGCUGGGAUGGCACUGCAUUCUGAUGACAAUCUCUUUCUGCUCUAGAGUAAAAGUGUUUUUUAUAAGGAUAAAGAGCAUUUGGAAUGGAGUGAUAUGUAUGUGGAACCAGCAAAAGUCUUCCUGGCAGAAGUGAGCUCUGUGUAAAAGGAGGUGGCAACUUGGAUCCAAGCAGCUUUAGUAAUAGGAUCAAUGGUACAGCUGACCCCAAGAGGCAAAUUAACACUACAUCCAGACAAGAUCUUACUAAAAAAAAACACAACAAAACCUCAAAAGGUCAUUCAUUGAAGAAAUGCAUUAGCAAUUUUUAUCCACAAUCAGAUUGCAUAA